AGCUCGUCGCCAUGCGUGGGAGGCAGGAGCAGCAGCUGGCGUCGGAGAAGCAUCGCCGAAGAGAAGGUGAAAGGAGGAGAUCGGGAACAAUUACGAAGCACGCUAUGAACAUGAACAGCGCCGCUCCCUCCCCUCUCGAUCAUUCCCCCUUCUUCACCCUCUAGAAUCAUCCGCUUUUGACGCGCCCCUUCCCCUUUUUACAAAUGCUGAACCAAGCCUUCGCGACUUCUAGGGCACUCACCGUUUCUGAAGACGACUGACUGGUGAUUUUGGUUGCUGUGGCCCUGUCUCCUUGCUUUGUUUAAUCGGCAUUUAACGUGUUCGCGUUUAGGGUUAUGAGUUGUUGGCGUUGGGUUUUGGUGGGUUUCGGGGCAUGAGAUUUUAGGGUUCAUUGGUGGAUCGCUGGGUAGUGUGAGGUGUAUUUGUGUGUGUUUGUUGGCGUCAUGACGGCGCAGGAGAGAGUGGACGAGUGGAUUGAGGUGGGAGAAGGGGAAGCUAGGCAGCAGCCAGAGCCACAACAGGGGCAAGUGCAGGGGCAGAAUGAGGAGAAGCAGGAGGAGCCACAGACCGUGAUUGUCGAUUCUACUAUUACUGUGGACACUGUCGUCGAGCAAAAUGGGAAGGUGGAGGGCACCUUCCAUGAAGAAGUGGAUGUUCAGCAGAGUUUCACUCUAGAGGAGCCACAACCGUAUGGACCUGAUGAGUCCUUGCAAGAUGGCAAGGGUGACGAAGAAGAGUGUGGAUUUUGCCUAUUCAUGAAGGCUGGUCCUUGUGGAAAGCGGUUUGCGGCUUGGGAGGCUUGUGUUGAUGAUGCUGAGACUGCGGGCACAAACAUUGUGGAAAAAUGUGCACAAAUGACACAUUAUUUGAAAGAUUGUAUGGAGGACAACCCUGAGUAUUACGGACCCGUUCUUCAAGCGGAGAAAGCCAUGGAUGAGCAAGCCUCAAGAGAAGCUUCCAAAUCUGACACUGACACCGAGAAGGAUCCUAAUAACCUCGAAUCUAUUCCAGCAUAGGCGAUUUACAAAUAUUAGUGGAGAGUUAAUUCUUUCGGCAGCGAUCUCCAUCUGCCCGUGGCUUUCCUCUUAAAGAAUAGCAUUUGAUCAAGGGAUAGACAUUUAGCAGGAUGCAAUACCGGCAAACAUUUUUAAUGGAUGAGGCUGUUGUAGAUUAGCAGUUGCGGGAUGAAACCUUUCAAUCAGUUUGUGGGUUAGUAUCUUUUAUCACUUAAAACCAUCGUUUCCUCCAAGUCCAGUAGUUAAUUGAAAUGUUGAAUAUCCGUCUACGUUUGCGGUAUCCCUAUGAUAUAAUGUCGUUACAUGUCUACGUUGAUGUGACAUUCGAACGGAAAUGAACGAGUGUGCACUUUCAUGAAGAUGUCUGUUGAUACAGUAAUGUGAACGCAAUUGUUGGAAA